AUGCCACAACUUGAGGAACGACAGGCAGACGAAGCAAGUAUCGAACGCGAGAGGGCCAGCGGGAACAAAUUCUGGAGCGUCUACGUCUCGGAGGCACAAAGCUAUGAUCGCGGUCUCAUUGAUGGUUGGCGCAGUGAGAUGGAUGGUCUCCUGAUCUUCGUGCAUCCCCGUCCGUUUUUCAAUCUCAUUCCCUCGCUGAACCUGACCCAUCAGGCCGGUCUCUUCUCCGGCGUCGUUGCAACAUUCGUCAUCGAAAGCUACAAGACGCUGAAUCCCGACCCGGGAAUCCAGACCGUCGUGUUGCUCAGCCAGACCGUCGCGCUGCUCAGCCAGAUCUCUCACCAGCUCGCGAACCUGAACAACGGCACAGCGGUCGCAGACGCACCCCCUCCCUCCGCUACCUUCGUGCCCCCUCCCUCCUCCCUUGUCUGCAACGCACUUUGGUUCACGAGCCUCGCGCUCAGUUUGUCGUGCGCACUCGUCGCGACACUGGUCAAGCAGUGGGCGCAGGAGUACCAGCACCGCACAUCCAUGUUCUCCUCCCCCUCUGUCCGGUCGCGUGUCUACAUGUAUCUCUACUAUGGUCUGCGACGCUUCAAUAUGCAUACCGUCGUCGGUGCUCCCCCGCUCCUCCUUCAUGGGGCCUUGGCCCUGUUCUUCGCAGGUCUGGCGGCCUUUCUUGUGCUUGUCAACAACAUCAUCAUGGGAAUCUCCUCCGCUUUGCUGCUCGUCUUCGUCUCGGUCUAUGGAACGUUCACCUUACUCCCGCUGUUCUUCUUCGACAGUCCAUUCCAGACGCCACUGUCGCGAAUCCUAUGGUCGCUAAAUCAAAGCUUGGGACGCGUGCUGAGGGCUUAUGUUCUCAAGGCUUGUGUUCGAAUGAGAGUCGCUGUGACGGACCCCGAGGCCCCUUCCAGACCUCCUGCACCUGCAGACACUCGUCCGCAGUCCCAGAGCAUGGUGGACGCCCUGAAAUCAGCAGCACUGCAUCCCACUGUCGAGACAGAGACCCGAGCUGUUGCUUGGGCUAUCCGCACUCUCUCUGAUAACGACUCGCUUGAUUCACUUGUUGAGGGCCUCCCCCAGACGGUCUGGGAUUUCGACAGAGGCAAGCCUCGCAGCGUGUAUCUGGAACAGUUCAAGAGUUUGUUGCAGGAUCCGCACGUCCAUCUCUGCCAGCGUCUUGCGGAUUUCAUGGCUGGCUCCAACAGCAAUCUGCUCGAGCACUCGGUCCGGGUCCGCCGACAGCUCUCCGUGCUCCGGGCCAUCUGGGCCAUCUGCGCGUUCUCUGUACACACCGAGUCGCCUUUGGAGUACCCGAUUGGAGACACCGAUCCUGACAAAGUGCUGCUCGGCUCGAGAUUCCUUGAUUCUGACGAAGUGCAGAGCAUGGUCCUCGCCGUGUUGGCUCUGGUUCGUCUGAAUAUCAUCGAGUCUGAGAGCCGGCAACGAGCGCCCGAGUACCCUCUCACGCAGACGAGCAACUACGACCGGACCAAAGCAGGGGAGCAACGGCAAGCGGAGAAGAAAUGGACGUAUGUGCAGUAUCUGGUGGCACUUUCCAAAAGCCCUACCAGCUUCGAACGGGAUGUAACCAACUCGCUCUUUCACCGGUCACAAAUCCUCUUCACGGGACCGGACGGCUACAUCGCUCUUCACGCCGCUCUCGAAGAGCUGAUCCAAUCUGGGUCGGAUGAAACAGCGGACAACCUCGUCUUUUCCGCUCGCCAGAUGAUCACCGCAAUUGCUGGGGCAUCGACGGAUCAAGGGGUGGUUUGGAUCUCUGGUCUUGCGCCGUUCCUUGUCCGACAUCCCUCCCUCGCUGCCCCUUCAGACCCGGACGCCAUCUCACAGCCCGGUCCAAAGUAUACUUACACCCGAUUCCUAUGCCACUGCCUAUGCUUCAAUUUUACGCUGCGAUCCCAUCUCGAGGAAUCUUUUGACUUCCUCCAGCUGAUUUACCGUCACUCUCUCGACGUCGCCGAACUCACAAGAUACCCGGGAGACCUCGAUACCCAUCUUUUGGUCCUCCGCACUCUGCACAGUGCUGGCGCUCAAGCAGCAGACAUACACCCGCACCGUUUGGCUGUCAUCGUCCAGGGCGUCGUGCUCAAACGUUUCCGUUUGGAUUGGUCACAAUCGGGGGAUUUGUCGGAGUCGGCGAGAUUGCUCAGUAUCUUCGAGGACGAGGACUGGUUUCGCGCAGUGAUCUGCCUCGACAACGAGACGCGGAUGGAGCGGGUAUCGACUGAGGGAACUCGUGACUCGAUUCUCCACUGUGCGCGUGUGGGUGUCGUGACCACCUUCUUCGAGCAGUGCGCCCGGAAUCCAGAUCAAACACAGCGCGAGCUUGACUUCGAGACGCUCGAAUCAGUUCAGACAGUCGACGGCAUUUAUUCGGUGCUCCCGGCCAAAAUGCAACGUCGAUUUGCGGACGCCGUCUCCGGAUUUCUUCGCAAGUAUCCGAGGGAUACUCUUGCGGAUUGCGCGGUGCUCAAUGGGAUGCUUUCCUGGGCCAUCCAUGAGCACAUCGGGUUCAUCGACGAUCUGGAUGCCUUGCAGGUAUUGGACACGGCGGUGUUUGACGUGCAGACGGACUAUGAGCAAGAAACGCAUCGGAAAAAGGCUGAAUGGAUCCGCGGAAGGAUGCAGAAGCGGCUCCAUCGUCCCGAGCGCAUUUUUGCGGCCUUUGUCUCACUCGUUACUGAGGUGGUAGAUUCGGAUCCAGAAGGCAGUGUGCACAGUGAAUGGUCCGACAUUACCGACGAGGAGUAA